CUUCGGCACUUGAUUCAAACUGCAGGGUUGUAUGAACACACAAACAUACAAUUUUGUAAACGAUUUUUAUAUAAUUUAAUUUAAUCGAAUAAUUUUUUUGAUAAUUAAGAUUUCUAUAUAAUUUUUUUAUUUUCUGGUGAAAUUCGAACAGUGUGAAAAUAACGAGUUUUGUUUUGCUUACAAUUUUCAAUUAUGUUUUGCUCGACAAAAGAAAAAGAAAGAAAAAGGGACAUAUUUUGCAAACGCAAAACAUCAUUAUGGUUUAUGAUAAAUAAAAAGCAAAAGUGAAGUGAAGAUGUGCCAGAGUAAAUAAUAUGAGAUAGGCAAGAUAUAAUAAAAUUGAUGCUUCGGUGACAAUUGGUUCUAAUUAGCUUACACAUCCACCUCUUGUUAUUUGGUAAAAAUGAGCAAAGAAUACGACGUGUAUAGGGAUAGCAAACUCCGAUAUUUAGGAUACUCCAACGAGGUAGGUGAAGCCUUCCGCCCACUUAUACAUCGCAAUUUGGUCCGUACAUCCUAUUUACUGGCCACGGCUUAUGUAUGUGCUGAUGCUGUUGAUAAAUCAAUCAAGGAACAUCAACGCAGAAGCAGCACUAAACAAAUAGCAGUUGUCACUGGUGAUGUAUUCACAUGGCAAAUGGUCGCCUCUGUCAUCAUUCCUGGCAUCACAAUUAAUAGAAUAACUUGGCUGACUGGCUAUUUGCUCCGAAAAGCGGAAGUAAAAAAAGCUUUCGGAAAGAUAUUACCCACCGCAGUUGGUUUGUGUUCAAUUCCAUUAAUAAUUGGUCCCAUAGAUAAAUUUACCGAUCAUCUCAUGGAUGAUACUUACCGAAAAUGGUUAAGCUAAAAAGUACUGCUUUAGUAUUUAAGCGCUAAAUGUUGUUUACUAUUUGGAUAGGUGCAAUAUAUUUUCAUCCUUUUUAGGGUUUAGUAGCGAAAGUUCUAUAAGUUACAAGGUUUUACUUUAUAAUGUUAUUAAACAAAUGUUGCAAAAAUUGUAGUAAUUAGUAUCAAUAAAUAUCUAUACACAAGCUACACUCUUCAAAGUUAUUUAUCGAGAAGUGCAGAUGUAAUUCAAUUAACCUAUAAAA